GGAUGACAUUGGACUCUCUCUCUCUGUUUCUCUGUGUUUGGCAUAUGGGAUUUUCACCUCCCAGAUUUCUCUGACAGAUCUUUAAACCUUCUUCCUCUUCAACUUGGAAGUUGCCAGUCUGACUCGGGCAGAUGCUGAUCUGGAGGCAUAUCGGAUGCAGAUCUGUAAAGAAGUGAUUGUUAUGAUGAUGAAGAACAUGGUUUUAAGUCACAGUCUCAUUCCACAUGUGGAGAAGAGGAUGAGUUCAGUUUUCAAAAAGCAGUUCCUUACAAUGGAGAGAGAGUUUCAGGAAGAGUACGAAAGAAAGGUUGUGGCUUUAACAGCUGAAUGUAAUCUGGAAACAAGGAAGAAGAUGGAGGCUCAACGCCAGAAGGAGAGAGCUGCAAAUGAAGAGGCUGAAGAGUUAAUGAAGAAAGUGAGUGAAAUGCCUGCUGUAGAAUACAGAAGUCUUCUGGAUAGACUUCACAGUCUGGAGCAGGACCAUCUGAAGAGGUUCCUUCUGGUAAAGCAGGAGGAAUAUUUUGCAAAGGCUUAUAGACAACUAACUGUUUCCCAAAGAAAGGAGCUCCAUAACAUCUUCUUUACAGAGAUAACAAAUGCUACUUUCAAAGGAGAACUGAAACUGGAAAUAGCAAAAUCAUUAGUAGAAGAUUACUCUAAAAUACAGGGAGACAUUGAAGAGCUAAUGGAUUUUUUGCAAGCUAGCAAGAAGUAUCAUCUGAACAGAAGAUUUGCUUACAGAGAAUAUCUUAUAAGAAAGAUACAGUUAAGGGAUUCUCAGGCCUCUGCUCUUAUAAAUGCAGCAGCAACUCAGAUAUUGAAUCUCAUUAAUAAGAUGGAAAGAGCGGGUCAUCUACAUGAAAGUCAUUUGGAAAUGCUGCUGGACCGAGCUGAGGCUGAAAUUAAUUCUGUUAAACAAAAAUUCGAUCAUGAUUUAAAACAAGAAAAGCAAAAGCUUCAUCAGAAACUCAUUACCAAGCGAAAGUGGAAAAUGUUGCAAAAGAAAGAGCAACGGAAGGAGCAGUUGUCCGCAAGGAACUCCUUCAAAACCUCAAGGGAGAUCACUGACUACCUGAGCCACUGGAAAACUCUUCUGAGUGAUCAUGCCAUUGAAUUUGAAGAACUUACUGAAAAGCUGGAUAAUGAAGGCAGUGAAGAGCUGAGAGACCUUAUAUUUAAUCUGACAGAGAAAACUGUUGAAGAACUUAAACUUGUUCAAUAUGGAGUAUUUGUGCAAGAGCUGAUAAAGCUCAGUGUGCCAAAGAUGUUCCUGCUGGAAGUUGUGGAGGAGCAUAAAAAAGAGAUCAUUGUUAAACACGAACACCUUGAAAGGGAAGAACGUGAAAAGAGCACGGCUGCUGAAGAGUUGCUUCAGCUCACCAGGCAGAAACUAAGCAAAGAGCUGGAAAAUAGUCUUUCACAACAAAGAAAAUUAAGAAGCUGGGAACAAUCAGUAUUCAUGCAAGUAUCUCUCUCUUUUCUUCUGUUUUUCUAAUUAGUAAUAAACUAGUAGCUGACAUAACUGUCUGGUUGUAAUUGUUAAUGACCAAUUCUCUGUCAUGCACCUGGGAACUGAUUUCUCACAAAUGCUCAACCCCUGCAGAUCCAGCAGCAUGAGCUGACAGCCUCUACAGUCUAACUCUUCAGUGGAAUUUCCAGGAAACAGUGUUUUCAAAACCAAAAAAGUGCAGUGCUAUUUUUAUACUUCAGUUCACUCUGUGUAGGGUGUCACUUGUGUGUCUUUCAUUAUUGUUCUCAGUCCCUUCUCAGAGAUCCAGUACUUUGCAAAUGUCAUUUAGUAUGUCAGGCCUAUUUAUCCCUACAAUCGAUUUUUAUAUAUCCCUUCCAGCCACAAGUCAAGCUUUAUCCAUCAUGUGCUCAUUUAUGCUCUACAACAGUAUUUCUACUUAUUUCAUAAAUGCCCAGCAUAGUACGUGACCCCCCCCGGUUCUUGAGCUCCAUCCAUCAGACUUGGUUAAUUUGCCCUGCUGAUAAAGUGCUGCUGGUACCGAGGCCCCAAGGCAGAGUGGCAUCAUGGCAUGCAACACAGGUGAUGCUGCAGAAAUUUGCUGACUUCAGGCAUGUCCUCUGGCCAUUGCUUUAUGCUGUGAUGUGAUCUUGUGGAGGUAGAAAGGUGCGAGGCCAUGCUACCUCCACUGGGAGACCUUAGGAAGGGAGGGACCCUGACUGUAGCCAAGAGAAAAGAAAGCACACGCAGUGUUGUGCAGCAAUUUCCUUGAUAAGUUUGCAGCACUCUUAAGCAUUGGUCUUUCAAGUUCAUUUUUGACUUAGUUGUUUUAUUACUUGAAUGUUUACAGUACUGUAUUUCUUAUACAAUGUUCUUAACAACAAACUUGGUUAGAGACAUAGGAACAGAAUUGUAGCUUUAGAGGAAACCACUGGAACAGGUGAUGUGUGGAGCCUAAGGAACAAGCACACGGAAUGUGAGAAAUCAAACAGAAAAAAAUGCAUCAGUUAAACUUUCUGCUUACUACCUCUUAUAUGAAUAAAAGAGAUUUGCUUGGGUGUUUUUGUCCAGGCAGCAUGUCUCUUAAGUUUGUCUGCUGUACAGGCAAGACAAGGCAAGAAACCUUGUCCACUGCAUGUUUGCUUUGUUAAAGUAUAAAAUCCAUUUGCAUCUUGGUUUAGCUCUGUUUUCAAGGCCCUUGCAUUUUAUUCAGCAUUUUAAAUACUUUUUUUGUAAGCCAUUUUGGUGUAUCUUCCAGCUUAUCUUAUUAUCUCAGAAUAUAUUACUGAGAACAGACCUGCCUUGUGAGCAGGAAAGGAGAUUGUAUGACCCAGCAGGUCUUUCAUUUCCUAAUUUUCGAUUCCAAGGUAAUUAUGUUCCAGUCUACAGCAUUGCCUGUUACAUUUGUUAGAUGCUAUCUUUAUUUACAGCAAUAGUAAGCUGCCUGCUUUUUCUAGUAAAAUAUGGGCAAAUGCAUACGAAAACUUCAGCAUUUAUGCAACUGUUCUAUCAAAAGGCCCUUACAAUCUAUCAUUGACUUUUUCUUAAUCCAGUGGCUGUUGAUUUUGGUUAUUUCAGUCACAGAUACCAGCUCUUACAUUUGCGUGCUCAUCUGCCAUAUAAUUUUCACAAUUAUUUUGAGUGAUACCUUUUCCUUUUAUUGCUUAUUGAAGAGACAGUGAGUCAGUCCAAAGUUUGUGAGGGUCAUUAAUGCUGAAAGUUUUUUUUAAAUAUGGGCUUUACAAAAUUGUGAUUUACAGACUUUAUGGAUUUUCCUCUGUUGAAGGGGU